AUGGCACUGGAUACCCUAGACGAUGCGAGUCCCAUCCUCUUUUGGUGUGCGGUUGUCUUUCUCGUUUCUACAGAGCUCUAUUAUCUACUUCCAGAGUCAGUGUCAGACAAGAUCGGCCAGUAUUUCCUUAAUCUUGGUUCGAUCAUCCAUGACUACAGCUCUGGGAGAUACUACAAGCCAUGGAAGUCCUCCAAAUCAAUCGUGGUCGUGUCCAGCAAAAGGCAAAUCAUGGAGCUGAGUGAGGCACCGGUGCUAUCUCAGCGCGCUGCCUACGCCGACAUGUUCGGUUUCAAACACACAAUGAACAAGCUCGAUCAUCAUGAUCACAAGGUGGCCCGCUCGCGUCUCUACGGACGCCUGCUCCAGGUCAAUGGUCCUACCAACCUGGCGAAGCUCUAUCCUCAUCUCCAAAAGCGAUUAGAGCAAUCUUUAUCUCAGGAGCUUGAAGCCGGGGUUUUCAUCGACGGCUCUGUUUCCAUCCCCAUUGCGCAAACCGUCCGGAGGCUAGCGUCAAGAAUGAACAGUCUCCUAUUCUUUGGCGAACGUCUAUCCGCUGAUCCUGUGUUUGCGGAGGCGCUUCUUCGCUAUCCCGCUGAUAUGGUCAAGUGCAUGGCGGCAUUUCAAGUGACUCCAUCAUUCCUUUCUCCAGUGGUUCAUUCCCUCCUCACCAAUCGUGGACGCGCCAUGCAUAUAAUCCAGAACCAGCUGAUUAACGUCCUGGGUGUCAACCAGAAGAACUGGCAAGAGGUACCAGAGAUUAAAGAGAUGACCAUCAUUCACAACAUGUCGGAAAUGGUUGAGGGCAACGACUAUUGGAGUCCGGAAGUGCUCUCGCAGGCAUUGCUAGGAAUCUGGUUUGCGGCAUCGCACCAGCCAUGGAUGAACCUGGACUUUAUCCUGUUGGAGCUCUGCGCACGCCCAGAAUGGCAGUCUAUACUGCGAAAUGAGAUUGGAGAUUUCAGUGCGUAUGACUACGACCGACUCGAGAAACUUCCUCUCCUGGACAGCUUUAUCAAGGAGACGAUCAGGAUGAAUCCUUUGGAUACUCUCGCGAUCCGCAGAAAGGCCUUGGAAAAAUUUACCUUUUCCGACGGGGGAAUUCACGUCCCCAAGGGGUCCACCGCUUGCGUGUCUUCAUUCAACCUGAUGCAUGACAAGGAGGUCUAUCCCGACCCGGAUGAAUUCGAUGGCCGACGCUUUGUCACAACGAUGUCCUCAGCUCGCGGCACCAAGCUGACCGAGGUCUCCGAGAAAUUUCCCAUAUGGGGAUAUGGCUCUCUGGCGUGCCCCGGUCGGUUCCAUGCAUCGUUGGUCAUCAAGAUGAUUCUGGCUCAUUUGCUCUCCUCCUUCGACUUGCGCUUUGCCAAUGAGAAAGCCAGGCGGAAGUGGUCUUGGGAGACGUUCACGAUGCCAUAUGAGUCGACUCGUGUAGUACUAACGAAGCGCAAACUCUGA